AUGCUUCUGUCAUUUUUCCUUUCACUGAUUCGGAAACACUGGGGCACUUUUACUUACUUUGCCUCUGUGUGUUUCGGGAAACACACUCUGCACGUGCUCUGGGACACCCUGUUCUUUCCGAUUUCUCUCGGUGCGUUGUUGGAUUGAGGGCUGGGGGUGAGUUCUGGCGCUGAAAGAGGGCGGCCCCCUCACCUUCUCUCAGACGGGCCAUCCCGAAGAGGAAAGAGACUCUGCUCGUUCUCAGAGGCACCCUGGGACCAAGGCCUGCCGCCUUCCAGACUUGAGCCGGGCAGGUGAGAAGCAGAUUGGGGGUCCAAGAAGCCACGACGACCACCGGGCGGGGGCGCGCGCGGAGCUUACGGGGGUCCUCUUCCUCGCUCCUUCCCCCUUUUCCUCCGUCUCUGUCGGAGCAGCCCUGACCCCUUCCUCCGUGCGCUCUGGGUCGGAGAGGCAAGCGGGGCGAGGGGGCGUCCGAGGCGGGAGGGCGCUGGGCUGGUCCUCUCCCCGCUGCCUCGCUCUCCCCUCCCUCCCUCCUUCCGUCCCCGCCCUCCCUCCGGUGGCGAGACGCGGCUGCGUUUUGCGUACGCCGAGGCAAAGGCAAAGGCAGCGCCGCCGCAGCCGGACCGAGCGGCCGUCGGAGCGCAGCGCCAGCGGGCUGGAGCCGCCCCGAAGCCACGGUGAGUGCCGCCGCCGCCGCCAGCCUGGCCGGGAGAGCGCGAGAGUCGCUCCCGCCGAGGGAGUCGUUCCCUGGGCCAUUCUGCUAGAGGUCAGCGCGCACCCUUCCUUGCAGCCCAGCGGCGAGAGCACCUCUGGGCAUGUACUGAGUGCGCGCCUCCUGGGAAGGUGGCGGGGGAAGGCAUUGCUUUUGCCCCAGCGCUAUUCUUUGGAAGGGUGGGACGCGAGAGCCCCGAGGAAGCACCUGCCCAGGCGGAGAGAGUGCCUCUGCCUGCGUGCAGAGUGCCUUUCCCCUGGCAGCCCAUCCGCAGCACCUGCGCUUCCCAGAAGGGGCGGUGUCCAGGUAGGCAGGUUUUAGAAAGAAGUUAAGCCUCUCUGACCCCCUUGCCGCAUGGAAGUGGGGGGUGGGAGGGAAGAGGUUUGGGGUCACCUCCCCCCACCCCGUUGCCCAAAUGAAAGAGGGAGGUCACCUGCCUUGCAGCGCCCAUUCCGCCGCCUGGGUGCCUUUGCUCGAUUUGAGGGCCAUGCAAAGUGCAGCUUUGCGCUCCCCGCACGCCCCCCCCCCCGACACCGCGCAGCAUUUCCCCUGCUCUUGUAGGGCAGCUGUCGCAGCCCGCUUCAGCCUUCCAUGGGGAGGGCAGAAGACCGGACAUGUGGAGCCACCAGUGCUUUGGGCUCAGCGGGGCUUGGGGAAGGGCGCCGUGGCCCCUCGGUGCACCAUGAUUUUGGGGGGGUUGUUGCCUGGUGUGUGGCCCUUGCGUGGCAGCGGGGCUGCACCUGCCGUGGGCGCCCGCCGUGCAUGCAAAGCAGCAGCGAAACGGUGGCGCCUCGCCUGUGCGUCUCGGCAGCGUGUGUGUGUAUGUGUGUCUUUGUGUGUGCGGGUUUGCGGUGGCAGGAGCCCUGUGGGAGGUGAUGCGCAGGUUGUGUGCAGAGGGCAAACUUGCAUUUCACCCCCACCUCCCACCCCCGCCCUGCGCGAAGGCUUUGGAUUGUAGAGCGCGCGCGCGGGGGGGGGGCGCUUGCCUUUGUGCGCGCCCCCUCUGCAGCACCGGGGCUUGCUCUGUCUAUCUCUCCCCAUUCGCCUUUUGUGUGUGUGCAAAAUCAGCAACAGCAGCAGCUGCGCGUGUUGAUAAAUGUUUGUGCCACUCAGACAAUCUGCUGUCAAUAUAUUUACCCUGCUCUCGAGGGCGGCUGUUGGGAAAUGGCAUUUUGCAACAUGCAAUUUUGCAAGGAGGCCUUUGGGUAUGCAUUGCGUUGGAGGUGCGGUGAAUGGAUGGGGGGGGUGCGGGAUGAGAAGAGAAAAUGAAAUCAGUUUGCAGGAAUCAGGAGGGGACGGGAGACCCUGAGAUGUGGGGUCUGAAGGGCUGUGCCUCUCUUGAAGCGGCGCCUCUCCUGUAGCCAACCGACCUGGCCUGCCAUCUCUCAGCUCCUGGCGCUCCUGCCUGGCUUUUGAGCAAAACUUGCCUAAAAAUAACUCCGCCAGCAAAAAACGCCAACCCACCAUUUCCGAGCACAAAGGCCUGUCUCAAAAGAUUAAUAAUAAUCUCCUUCUACGACAUAAAGACAUUCCUUACUCCACGCCGGGAUUCUGGGCGCUGCGCUGGAGAACUCCCUGCUGGGGGAAGGAGCAGCAGAUGCUUGCCCGCCUCUCUGCUUGAACACCUUCCAGCUCACAGGCCUGGGGGCCUCUUCCCCACGCACAACAACCCUGCGGGGUAGGCUGGGCCGAAAGACAAUGACUAGCCCAGAGAGGGACAUGGCUGAGUGGGGAUCUGCCUUGACCAGCCCUCUGGCUGGUCCAUGGAGGUAAUCCAGAGUCUGAGCAUCUCUGACAGGUGGUUGUGCAGACACAGCUUGAAAUCCUCAGGGCGGGAGAGCGGGCCUUCCGUCCCUCUCUCUGCACCAAGAAGUGUCCCCUAACAUUCAACAGAAAUCUAGAGGGCCUUCUUGGCAGUGGCACCCACCCUGUGGAACACCCUCCCAACAGAUGUCAAACAGAUAAACAACUGUUUGACUUUUAGAAGGCAGCCCUCUUAAGGGAAGUUUUUAAUGGGUGAUGUUUUACUGUUUUUUAAAAAAAUAUUUUGUUGGGAGCCGCCUCUUCUGCAUGGUGAUGAUGAGGAAAGCCCUUCUGGGAUUUGUAGGGGGCUUCUGUGCGUCCCCUCGCCCACCCCAAAGACCUCUUUUACCCAGGCUAAACAGGCUUCUACCCUUUCCAAGCACUCUACACCAGGGGGUGUCAGAAGGAGAAAGAUCUAUUGGAUCUAUUGCCUGCUCUCUGUGAUUUGCAAGUAUUUCUGACUCCCGGUGGUUUAAACAAAGCAACAGUAAAACGAUGCCGCCCUCAAUUAUCCUGCCGAAAUGAAGAUCACUUGUGGGAAUGAGAGCACAUUUUGUGUGAGCACACUUCAGUUCUGGUACUCAAAACAACAAAUCCCUGCGGCCAGAGUUCAGUCUCUGCUGGCAUCUGCAGGCAUCUGCCUGAAACCUUGGAGAGCUCCUGCCGGCCAGUGUGGACCAUACUGAGCUAGACGGAUAGCGGGGGUCUGAUUCAGUAUAGGGCAACUUUCUGUGUUCCUAAGGCCUUAGUGAUACAGCUCAAUAGAUUAGCAAGAGAAAGGGAGCAGCAUGUGUUUUCAGAAUGCAGCCAAAGUCAGGCUGUAGCUCAGUGGUUGAGCACCUGCUCUGCGUGCGGAAGGUCCCAGGUUCAAGUCCUACCAUCUUCAGGCAGGGCUGGGAGAGACUCCUUGUCUAAGCUGCUGCCAGUUCGUAUAGAUACAGAAUUGAGCUAAGACGGUGAGAGAAGUUUCCUAGUUCUUGUCUUGGGGGGGGGGUGUGCAGCUCUGUCAGCUCCCCGCAACCUUGGCAUUAAUUAUCAGCACCGCACUCUAACCAGCUGAGCUAUCCAGGCUCUGUUUUAAACACUUAAAAGUCUCCUUUUUUCUUGUAUUAACCAUGUUUAUCUAUUCAUUACAUUUCCACCUCUCCUUAUUUUCCUUUAAGGAACUCAAGGCAUGGUUCUCCCUCUCUUCAUUUUAUCCUCUAUAAUCAGCCCUGUGAGGUAGGUUAGGGUAGGAGAUAGCGAUUGGCCCAAGGUCACCCCGUGAAUUUCAUGGCCGAAUGAGGCUUUGAACCCUGGUCUCCCGGGCCCUUAGCGAGACACUCUGACCACCAUACCACAUUGAGAGGGAUGAGUGCGUUGUGUUUGGAUGUGCUGGUGUGACGGUCUGUUGCCUGCGGCAGGUGAAGCUUCUUAGACAAUGGAACUCCCUGCCACCAGAGGCAGUGAUGGGCACCAACUUGGCUUUAAAACAGGACUGGACAAAUUCAUGGAGGGACAGGCUGUCAAUGGCUAUGCACUCCCUCUGCAGUUGGAGGCAGCGAUGCUUCUGUUUGCCAGUUGCUGCAAAACACAGGGCGGGAGAGUGGUCUGGUGGUUGCAGGCUCCCUACAUGCAUCUGGUGGUCCACUGUGAAAACAGGAGGCUGGGUUAGACAGGCCGCUGGCCCGAUUUUUUUAGGCUCUUUUUAGGUUCUUAAGUUUCGCAGCCUACAACUGAGCUCUUUUCUCUGGGCGGCCAUGAGCUGCAGUCUCUCUGUUUAGGCCUGGCGUUUCCAGGGACAAGAGCCGCUGAGAGAGGCCAGUUGGAAUUCCCAGGCAGCGGAGGGGCCUGUCUAAAAUCAGCUGCCAGCCCUGAGUCAUCCCUUGGCAGAAGCUCUGGAGCCCAGUGUGCCUUUCCAACAUUCCUUGCUUCUUUCCCUUGCUUGGGACGAGGAGGAGGAGGAGGGUGGCAGGAUGGACAGGCGAGAGAAUCUGCUUGGGGAGGGGGGGCAGUAGUGACUUUGUGCCCUCGUCCCCCAAGGAGACCCCGUCCUUUUCUGCUCCUGCCCAUUUGCAGCAGGAGGAGGAGGAAGAGGAGGGCUGAGGAAAUGAAUUCCCCACCCCAGCUGUGCGUCGCCCUGUUUCCUCCUGAAUAGAGAGGCAGCAGCAAGAGGGGAUUGUGGUCCAACAUUUCUCCAGGGGACUGAAGAUUGCUUGGCUUGGGUUCAGAUGUCCAAAAGGAGGCAGAGAGGCCCUGCUCAGAGCCCGGAGUGCUGGAUCUUUUUCUCUGCUCUUGGAGUUGGAGAUGUAUGUGUGUGUAGCACAACACAAGUAGGACAAAAAUAAAGCAGAACAAUUUGUGUUGUAAAAAGUUACGGGUUUUCAGCAGGAAGGUUUGGGGUGUGCACCACCUGGAAGUGAGGCAGUGUGAUCACCCCAAAACCUUUGCAGGUGCAAGAAGUAAAAGUAAAAAAAAGGUAAGGGACUCCUGGACAGUUAAGUCCAGUCAAAGGUGACUGUGGGAUUGCGGUGCUUUCUGGGUCAUGUGGCCAGCAUGACUAAACCGCUUCUGAUGCAAUGGGACACCGUGACAGAAACCAGAGUGCACGGAAACACCGCUUAUCUUCCCGCCGCAGCAGUACCUAUUUAUCUACUUGCGCUGGUGUGCUUUCAGACUGCUAGGUUAGUAGGAGCUGGGACAGAGCAAUGGGAGCUCAUCCCAUUUUGGGGAUUGGAACCCGACUUUCUGAUCAGCAAGCCCAAGAGGCUCAGUGGUUUAGACCACAGCACCACCCGCGUCCCAAAGUGUCAAAAGUGGGAUGGUAUGUGACUGCCGUGAUAGCAUUGCGAGCACAAAUGAAUGUGCAAUAAGAAGGGGAUCAUAGGGGGAAUGUUUAAAUCUCAAAUUUAUUGCUUGUGGCCUGUCAAGUGGAGAUCCUCCCUAGAACAAGGAUUGGAAACCUGCCGUCAUCCCGAUGCUUCCAGCCUCCAACUCCCAUUGUCAGGGCCAGAUUUUAAGACCUUUAGAGGCCCUAAGUCAGGGUUUCCCAAACUUGGGUCUCCAGCUGUUUCUGGACUACAACUCCCAUCAUCCCUAGCUAGCAGAACUAGUGGUCAGGGAUGAUGGGAAUUGUAGUCCAAAAACAACUGGAGACCCAAGUUUGGGAAACACUGUCGGAAGCCCCUAAAAGAUUUUGGUGCCCCCAUGUAUAUCUGAUUCAAAUUUUCAACAAUAAUCAACCAUCAAAUGAAAUUUCAUUUUUCAAAAUGAAAUGAAACCUACCGUAAGAUGGAAAAUAAUGUUUAUUUUUCUAUAUUUGUAGAAAUAAUGUUUAUUUUUGUUCAGCUGCACCAUAUGGUCCGUAGCAAGUCUGGAAAUGGAAACUCUCUGCCGUGCCCACCUUAAGCACAUGCUUAUUUUGCUUAAUUGUUAAUCCAGCCUUGCCCAGAAGCCAGCAUAGGGUGAUAGGAGUUCUAGUACCACAAAAGCUGGAGCCCAGCCCCCACCUCGGUUCCCCACCCCUGUUGCAGAACCAAAUAUGUACCCCGAGGCUGGGGAAGUUCAGCAGCGAGCCACUGCAACAUGCCGGAGAUAGCAUUUGAGUUCAGUGUAUCGUUAAGGAUGAGGAUGAAGCAAAUGACAAGUCACCCAGUUCCCUUCUUCAAAGAAACAAUUAUUAUAUAAUCUGCCCCAGCAAGAGCAGCCCCCACUUAAAAGUCGUGGAGUAUGAUUCUGACAUCUUCUGUGGGUGGAAGAGACUCAACCCAGUGGCUUUCUCCAUCCUCUCGCCUGCCCUCAAAUGCUGCUUCCUUUCCCCCAUUGCUGUUCUGAGAUGACGCUGAGCACUUCCUGGGGGGGGGGUGUCCCCAAAGCAGCUAGUUCUCAGGAGGCUGUUUUGAAUGCUUCAGGGGGGUCCGUGUUGCCUUCAGGGCCCGACUUGCAGAGCUUUCUGGAGCAAUAGGCUUUCCGCUGUUGGAGGCAGUAUGCUGGGGUAGGUGGGCAGCACCAGCAAGACUGUCCUCACGGCAUUUGGGUGGUGGGGAGAAAGAGAGAUGCCAUGACUAGGAGACACAAUGUAGGUUGGGAGCUAAGGAAAUGUUGGCAUCCCAGAGCGAAGGCAGAAAGUGCCAUUCCCAGCUGGCUGAUAUUCCCACAACCAAACUACGAUGGUGACCACGUGCCUCUUUUUGCACCCUUACGCUUCUUAUCACACCGGCUGGGCUGCCAUUUUAUUGAUUCAUUGGUCAAUCUGAAAGUAUGGAGAUCCCACGUUUCAGGGCAAAGUGUACUCAAAGCAGGUGGCAAAGGAGAACGGAAACCAUAAAACAAAAAUUAAAAUACAAAUAAAGCAAUUCGGUUACAAAAAUAAACAGACCCAGAAAGAGCUGGAGACGAAGGCAGUUUAAAACGCCACCUUUUAAUAGAAUGCAGUUGGAAGAAACUAACAUUUUAAGGGUUUGUUCAAAACCUAGCCUAGCACUUCUUGGGGGAGAGGGUUCUACGUACAGGGGCCAGAACUAGAAAGGCCCUGCCUAUCAUAUCUGCCAGUCGGCUGGGUCUUUAUGUCAGAUCUGGGAGCAGGGCCUCCACUUCUUCCUUGCGGCCUGUUGUAAGCCUUGGGCAGGCUGCUCAUCAGGCAAGCUGAUCUCAAGCCGCUUGGCUGAUGUGCUAAUAGUGACCCAGUAACCCGGCAUGCUAUUAGGUAAAGGUAAAGGGACCCCUGACCAUUAGGUCCAGUCGUGACCGACUCUGGGGUUGCAGUGUUCAUCUCGCUUUAUUGGCUGAGGGAGCUGGCGUACAGCUUCCGGGUCAUGUGGCCAGCAUGACUAAGCCGCUUCUGGCGAACCAGAGCAGCGCACGGAAACGCCGUUUACCUUCCUGCUGGAGUGGUACCUAUUUAUCUACUUGUACUCUGACGUGCUUUUGAACUGGUAGGUUGGCAUGAACAGGGACUGAGCAACGGAAGCUCACCCCGUCGCGGGGAUUCGAACCGCCGACCUUCUGAUCGGCAAGUCCUAAGCUCUGUGGUUUAACCCACAGCGCCAUCCGCGUCCCUAAGGGGAGACCCCCCUAUGCACAGUCUUUCUCUGUCUCCCCCCACUCCAGUUGGGGUGGCGGCAGCUAUGAAUGAACAUUGUCCUUCCACCCUCCUUUUUGGAGACCCUUUUGCUGUGCCAUGGCGCAGAGACCCUCUUGCUGUGCAUGACUAAGCCGCUUCUGGCGAACCAGAGCAGCGCACGGAAACGCCGUUUACCUUCCCGCCGGAGCGGUACCUAUUUAUCUAUUUGCACUUAGACGUGCUUUUGAACUGCUAGGUUGGCAGGAGCAGGGACUGAGCAACAGGAGCUCAGCCCGUCGCAGGGAUUAGAACCGCCGACCUUCUGAUCGGCAGUCCUAAGGCUCUGUGGUUUAACCCACAGCGCCACCCGCGUCCCUGGCAUGCUAUUAAUCUGGGGAAAACCCCCCUCUGGGCUCCUGCACCCACUUCCCCCAGGCCAAGCCCCGAGGGAGGGAGAGCACACGCUCCUUUGUAACCUCAGAGAUGUCUGAAACCUCUUUCCUUCUCUCUUUUCAGGUUUUUGCCCUGCUCCCUGGGGAUAGCGACCCGCUGGUGGCCGUGUGGCGUCUUUCGUGA